UUUCAAGUUCACGCGCUCUCCAUGCGCGAGAAGUGUACUGUAGUCGUCUUCAGGACACCUUUGAAACCAAAAGUCAAUGCGAUAUUCUUCCGUCGUUAACUUGCAGCAGAGCAUGAAGGCGCUAACAUUUGGGCUAACUCUUGUUCGACAUGGGGAGACACAGUACAACAAAGAAGGCCUGCUACAAGGUCAGCUCAUCGACGCCCCCCUGUCAGAGAGCGGGCUGCAGCAGGCCGAGGCCGCAGGCUGCUACCUGAAACACGUCCUGUUCAGCAACGUGUUCGUCAGUGACAUGUUGCGGGCCCGCCAGACUGCUGAAACAAUUAUGAAACACAACACCAGUUGUCUUGGUCUGCAGGCUGUGUGGGACCCUUUACUUAAAGAGAAAAGCUUUGGGACAGCGGAGGGGGGGCGGGUGCAGGACCUGAGAGAGAUGGCCAAGGCAGCCGGGCAGACCAUCCUAGACUUCACCCCUCCAGAGGGGGAGACUCAGGAGCAGGUGAAGGAGCGGGUCAAAGAGUUUGUGGAGAAAAUGCUGCAGAAAAUUGGGGCCAAACACUGGCAGGACAGAGGGGUGGAGGAAACGAGCCCACCUGUUCCAGCAGAAACAAGUCCUGUGGAGGGGACGGCAGACGACGGGGUGAGGGGGGUCCCAGUCCACGCUCUGGUGGUCACACACGGGGCCCUCAUGUGUGUAGCCCUGCGCUUCUUUGUGGACGAGCUACAUUGCUCCGUGCCUCCGGGUUCUAGCAAAGAACAUAUGUUCUCAGUGAGUCCGAACACAGGUCUGUGUCGGUUCAUAAUCACCGUGAGAAAGGAGGAACACACGUUCAAACUGUCAGGGAUCCGCUGUGUGUUCGUCCACCGAGGGGACCAUAUGCAGCAGUAGGAGCUGGAGGUGUUACAGAAAGGAAUAUGAGGAUAAGAGGAAAGUGAGACACACAAUGUGGAGAAAGCUCCAGGGACUCAACACAAACCUCAGCAGUGAUUCGUAGUUGUUCAAUAAAAGCAUGUUUUGACAAGUUAAAUAUCAAAGAAAAAGAUGUAGGUCAAGUAUUUAGGUGCAGUUUAUUUUGAAGGAUGACUUAAUUUCAACUUGUUUCAAAUGUAGCAUUAUCGAUAUAAAAAUGGACGCCGGGGGAAGAUCUCUGUAUCUUGGGACACAUACUAAGAAACCCAGCCUGGAGUGGGGGAGUUUAAUAGUUUAACAUCUUUAAACACAAAUAACGCCUUGAUCAGCUUCAAUACGAUUCUUUGAGAUCGAAUCGGGACAAUCCCUAUUCUUAAAAUCUAAACAUGUUUUAAAUAUAAUUUAGAAUGCUCGAAUAAUUAUUCAGAAAUCCAGUUUAAAAUCAACAAGAUAUGGAUUAAAUAUAUUAAAUUAACACAUGAUGCCAGAUAUAUAAAGCAGCAUACAACAAAAUGCAUUUAAUGCUGAGUCAUGCUUCGAGCACUAUGUUCCUGUCUGGCUGUUCAUUAUUGUAAACGUAGGCAGCUUCUGCUCUAAUGAGUCCAUGUUGCUAUAUUUACUCUCAGGAAGCUCACAGAUCCUACGUAGGAGCACGGAGCAGAACUGCUACCAUGUUGACUUUUUGGAAAUGAGUGACUCUGUCAUUGUUGGGAACUAACACUUUGGUCAGCAAGGGCAAGUGUAUAAGACUGCAUACAUGCCAUAUUUGUUUUUACUAGCAUGUAUGUUCACUCUACUGGUCAUCCCACUCUGAAAUCAUUUCUUGACUACUGAACUGGAUUGUAUGCAAAACAAUGUACGUAUUCAAUGGCUCUUACUGCCGUGAUUACAUCAUUGAAAAUACUUUAUUAUAUCAAAUAAUGCUCUUAGACUCAAAUUGGUUGUUACAUUUGUAUAACUAAUAAAUGUAGCUUUUACAUGUGUCUGUUUGAAAGUUCAGUCUUAGUGGAUACUUACCAACAUUUAGAUAUGUUUCCAAUAAAACUCCUCAUCAUACACUGUUCCUCAUUGGUUCAACUUCACAUCAUUUCAAUCUUUGGUUUUACAUUAUUUGUCCUGGUCUAAUAUUUGCCACUUACAUAACCAAUUUGCUGUGUGCUUAAUCACCAUGUGAUUGUUGUGGCCUUUCCUUGUGGACUGCAGCAAGCUAUUUGUUGUUCUGUUCUGGUUCUGCAAACAUCAUUUCAAAUGUUCCAGUGAACCUUUGAUAAAGCUUUUACUGGUAUGUUGUUAGAAUGAACUUCAAUAAAAAUGUGAAUAUUACAGGAAAGCAAA